AAAAUACUUGUCAACAGAUAUAACUGAUGAAAACUGCAUAAGAUUAAAAAAUAAACAGAUAUAAAUGUAAGUGGCACCUUGCCCAACCUCCUAGACCUACACACAACCAGUUUUAGGGUAAUUCAGAUCAGAAUGUUGCAACUGAUCCUGUCUAUAAAAUGGGACAGAUCAAAACCUCAAGCCUGCAACACCCUGAAUUCUGGGAGGACUUCAGAUCAGGAUCUGAAAUUUGUGGUUUAGGCUCGUCUUUACUAUGAAAUAAAUAAGCAUGUGUAGUUACACAAAAGAGGCUAAAAAUCACAAGGGCCAGUACUACUCCAGCUUCAGUUAAUCACCAGCUGGAGUAAGGAAGAUGAUUCUCUCUGAGACAUAGUGUUGCACAUUAUUAUGAUGCAUUUUUUUACCUUUCUCUAAAGCAUGAGGCAUAGAGAAAUGUCAGAAGACAGCAUACUAGAUGAGAUUGACCAUUGAUCUUUUCUGAUAAAGCAGUUCAGAAGUUUUCUUCUAUCAUGUCACUCGCAAGAUAAAGGGCUAACUUGAGCCUUGGCUGUAUAAACAGGGGAAUAUCAAGUAGGAGUAGGGAGGUGAUAUUAUUGUUGUCAACAGCAGUGAUGACCACUACUAAUUGAACACUGUGUCCUGGUGUCCACACUUUAAAAUUGGAGAGAGUUCACAAAAGAGCUACAAAAUAAUUACAGUUUUGGUAAUCAUGUCUCAAAGUGAGAAACUAAAGGAGCUCAAGCUAUUUAGUUUAUUGAAGAGAUGACCCAUUCACAGUCUAUAAGUACCUAUGCAGGGUGAAAAUAUGUAAUAUUAAAGGGUUCUGUAAUCUAGAGAAAAAGGCAUUCAAACCAGAAAUAAAGGACAAUUUUUUAACAGUGGCAAUUAACCAUUGGAACAGCAAACAAAGGGAUAUGCGGUCGAUUCUCCAUCAUGUGAAGUCUUUAAUUCGAGAUGAGACACCUCUCUAAAAGAUAUGGGUCACAGGCUAUGCCUACACUGCCCCACAGUUCAGACUACGGGGGCUAUGAAUAGCAGUGUGCACCGAAGUGCUGAGUUGAAAUGCCUCUGUGUGGAUGCAGCAGGAGCGAAAUAAAAGGUUCAUAGUUCACAUUAAUGUAAUCCUGUUUGAAGAGGAUUACACUAAUAUGAACUAGGAACCUUUAAGUUUGCGCCCGCAGCAGUGGUGCUGGAACAAUUUUUAUAGUGGGGGUGCUGAUGGCAGAAACCAUGUAUUUGAGUUGUUAUUACUAUUUCAAGCCAAUGGGUGCAACAGCGCCCCUAUUUCCAGCACUUAUGGCCCGCAGUGUCCACAUGGCGGAGUUACAGCACAGCACUUUGGUGUGCACUGCUAUUCACACCCCCUAGUCUGAAUUACGGGGCAGCGUAGACAAGCCAACAGUUUCAGUGUAGCUGCACCUGUAUUUCCCUCUCUCACCUUGAACACCCCAAAAAUGGAGACACCCAAAAUUAGUGGCUACUUUUGAAAAUUUGGUCCACAGUGCUCAGCAAUAUUGAUUUAUCUGGGAGACACCAGCAACCACUGCCGUAAGAGCCAUGCUGAGGGCAGGGGAUCUGCUGGGCUGUGUGCAAUUUGGAGAUAAAGAAGGCAGUGUCAUGUGGCUCUGCAACACAUCUGCUUUUUGCUUGGAAAAAGAAGCCAGUGGUGAACUGCAUGUUCCACUCUCCAGCUAUGGGCAACAUAAGCUUUAUAUUGCUUCCACCAAAGUCAGUGGCAAAACUGCCAUUGACUUGAGUUUAAUAGAUCUUUAAAUCCAGAAGGGAUUGCUCCGAUGAUCUAGGCUGACCUCCUGUAUUACAUGUCAUAGAAUUGCAGUCAGUUAAUCCUGUAUGCAGCCUAACUUAAUGGAAGCAGAAUAUGCCCAAAUUCUAAUUUCUUUGCUAUGGAGCUUUUUUCAUUUAAAAAUGUCUAACAGCUCCUAAUAUUUUAAAUAAAUAGAGAACAAAUAAGCCAAAUUUCAGCCUAAUUGAUAUUUGAGAGGACCAAAAGUACCCUCCCUUACUUCCCCAUACCUACCAAAAUUGGGGUGUAUGUACAAAAGAAACUCCAAAUGACUGAUGGCGCUACUGAUAUGCUGUAAUUAACUAGUUGCCAGGUUUCAUCUACAUUUCUACUCUAUAACUGCAAGGCUAUAACAGAACAAAACACACAUCAGUUUGUGUAACAGUUCCUAAACUUCACUCACCAUCACUUUUCCUGUCAGGUAGGCGUUACACAACUCAGCCUAGUAAAUAGACAUGGGCCUGAGCUGCAAAGCUUGGGUCAGCUCUGAAUUUCACCACAGCUCAGGGACGGUCAGGUUUUGGUCAGCCCUUUAUAAAGAGAUAGGGAUUAACUGCAAAGGUCAGGUCCAGAUCUGAGCUUCUCAAUGUUUUGUAGGGUUCCAGAUUCAAGAGGAUGGCUUCCAUCCAGGCCUCCACCAUUACUUGUCUGAGAGCUUAAUUAUGCUUGUGCGCCACUGGCAGGUCACUCUCCUCUCUUGGAUGCAUAGAGCAUUGGCUUCAGCAAGCAGAGCCAGCAGGUGAGGAGGAGUUUCGCACCCUCACUUCUCUUAAGUGCCAUACACUAUACUCUCAGCGCUGCUCUCAUGUGUGAAGGCUACAGCAGAGGGCACAGAAUGAAAGGUCAAAGAGGAAAAAACCAGCAGACAGAAGGAAGGACAAGAGACUAGCCAACCACUGAGGCCUAAACCUGAAUGACAGCCUCAGAACAGAGGAAAUUAGGUCAGGCCCUAAUGCCAAGUACUGGAGGAACUAGGGACGCAAUUUGUCUGAAAUCUUAAACAAAGGAGCUGCAAAAAUGUUAAAGAAACACUGAACAAGAUCCGCCGGAUGACUGGCUCCAUUGAAAACAAGCAGCACUUGUGUGGUGAUACCAGGGCACGGGCACCACAGCCACCCAGUCUUCCUCUGCCAGGAAUGCAGCUUCAAAUAAGGGAAGGGAGUAAAGUCUGAGCCUUCAGUGACACAGGUGACGUUUCAUAACGGGAUCGCUGGGGGGAUGCACUACAGCACAGCCGGCAUAACACACACAACGGAGCCCCUGCUUCCCAGAGAGCAGAUAGCUAUAUAUAGCUAGAGCUUGGUCACAUGGGCUGGGAGCUUCCUCCUUUCCCCUCGGUUCACCCUUAACUGGACACGGCUCCAGCUUGCCAGUUGCCACAAGCACUCUCCGGUGGGUGACGCCUCGCUCCUGCCCACGCACCCACUCGGCUGAGUCCGGAGCGCCCUGCGGCAGCGCGCUGUAGCAACACGCCGCCCCACGCCCAGCCCCUGAGCCAGACACAGGCAGGCAGGCGAAAGGUGCAGGGGAGGACGAGGAGCAGCUGCCAUUGUGCCGUGCAGCGGCGCCUGCUAAAAAACAGCCCCGUGUGACUGUCUAAUAAAGCUCGGGCGCUUGAGCACCAGCUCCGGGCUCUUCGCGGCGCGCCCUAUAAAAACCUUCCUGGCAAAGGGCUCGGCUCGGCACCAGACGCGGACCGGCGGCAGCAAGGAAGCGCAUCCGCGAAGAGGGGGGCGCCCCCCACAGUCCCGGCGAGAUGCCCCACGUAGAAGCGGAUCUCAAACUGGACUUUCAUGACGUCCUGCUCAGACCUAAGCGAAGCAGCCUCAAAAGCAGAGCCGAGGUAGAUCUCAUUCGCACCUUCACAUUCCGCAACUCCAAACAAACAUACACAGGGAUCCCCAUUAUGGUGGCAAAUAUGGACACUGUGGGCACGUUUGAAAUGGCAAAGGUGAUGACUAAACAUGCAAUGUUCACUGCUAUUCAGAAGCAUUAUUCUCUGGAAGAAUGGAAACUGUUUGCAGUGAAUCACCCAGAAUGCCUUGAGCAUGUAGCAGUGAGCUCAGGCAGUGGGAAGGCUGAUUUGGACAAUCUGACAAGUAUCCUAGAGGCCAUUCCCCUUAUCAAGUACAUCUGCCUGGAUGUGGCCAAUGGAUAUUCAGAGCACUUUGUGGAAGUUGUGAAAACUGUCCAUGCCAAGUUUCCAAAUCACACCAUCAUGGCAGGUAAUGUGGUGACAGGAGAGAUGGUGGAGGAACUUACUCUUUCUGGAGCAGAUAUCAUUAAAGUGGGUAUCGGACCUGGUUCUGUGUGCACCACCCGGAUUAAGACAGGUGUGGGCUACCCUCAGCUGAGUGCUGUGAUCGAGUGUGCAGACUCUGCCCAUGGCCUGAAGGGGCAUAUCAUUUCUGAUGGAGGCUGUAGCUGUCCAGGAGAUGUCGCCAAAGCGUUUGGAGCUGGUGCUGAUUUUGUUAUGCUUGGAGGAAUGUUUGCAGGCCACGAUCAAUGUGCUGGAGAGGUUCUAGAAAAAAAUGGCAAGAAGGUGAAACUGUUCUAUGGGAUGAGCUCUGAUACGGCCAUGAAGAAGCAUGUAGGAGGAGUUGCUGAAUACAGGGCUUCGGAGGGCAGAACCGUGGAAGUGCCUUACAGAGGGGACGUGGAAACCACCAUCUUUGAUAUCCUUGGGGGCCUGCGAUCCACCUGCACCUAUGUGGGAGCUGCCAAGCUCAAAGAGCUGAGCAGGAGGGCGACAUUUAUCCGGGUCACCCAGCAGCACAGCCAGGUGUUUUCUUAACCAAGGACUGGGACCUGUGAAAUGCGUCUGCCGCUUCUCCCCACUUCCUCUGUGUUUUGUGUUAGAGCUUCAUGGGGGCAAACCCCCCAGGCUGUGGAAGUAGGUGGGUCAGUUGCCACUGGUGACGGGGUUAAGCAGAAAGACAUGCCAUCAAACACAGCGCCAUGUAGGAUUAUUUUGGUUCAUGAUGCAAUAGCCUCAUCUUUUAAAGUCACGUCUGUUUGUUUUAAAUCUAUUUUUUUUCACCAUUUAUUUUUCUCUCUGAUAAAGAAGCCUCCAUUCAUAGUGAGUUAGCCUUCCAGACCCUGAUCGCUGUUACCAAGUUUUAAAACAUCCCCACAACCUCUUGCUAGCACUUCUCCAGCAGUACGGGCUAUAGGAGCUGCCGGCUGGGAGGGGAUGUUGAUGUUCAGUAUGUUGAUCUGUGUAACCAAAAAUCAAAGCCAUACUUUUUGACCUUUCAGAUGGCUGGAUGAGCCAACCUUGCUGCUGCAUUUUCACUGUGAUGUUAAAAAUACUGGAGCUGUAUCAAUGACAUUUCAUGUGCCUUUUAAGGCCUUUUGUAUUUAAAUCACUAUAUUAACGGA